AUUCUACACCGCUCAUAGCCCUAUCUUUACUUCCAUAAUACUUUCGAUGUUUUUAGCAAUUUGGCGGUAGCAUGAAGCAUGUGCGUCUGGAGCAAAGCCCCCGCGAAGGGUUUGGGGAGGGCUACAAAGAAACUGCCCAGGUUCGAUAGCACGAGACGAGUCUUUGCAAACACGAGCACUGCUCAAUUGUCAACGACGGCCCGCCUCGACGCACUGUUCGCCCGAAAAAGCUUGAGCUCAGCCAAAGAGCGCCAACGAGCCGAACGCGAACAAUUGACUCGCCUGCUCAAAGAGUCGCCGGGCAAACGCGAUGCUAGAAACUUUCUCAAGCAGUUCGACUCCCCGAAAAAGGCGAAGACUGGUGCUACACCAAAGGUCCAGCCAGCUACGAGCGACGUGGUACAUAAUGACUACGGUUCGAUACGGAUUGGUGUGAAUCUGGGCAACUUGUAUCAGCCAACGAUAUUCACGCGGGACCCAUUACCAGAGGAGAAAUACAAAGAAGAAGAGCAGGAUGAGCCGUUGCAUCUUGCGUUGGUCAAGCUACGGCAGCCACAGACACUGGACGAUCGAACUCUCGGAAACAUCGCUAUGACGUUGAGCCAGAUGGCGCAAUUGGGCUUGAGCACAGCUGUCGUGUUGGACUGUGACGAGGACACCGGCUCAUACACCUCAGAGGUCGAUUCACGUUACGAACAUACAGUUAAAGAACAAGCAGCGCGCUUGGCAGCGGCACUAGAAGACUACCACGAGCCCGGGGCCUUGCUGAUCGAGCACGCGCUGAGCUACUUGGAUCUGGGCCACGACAGUCCGAGUACAGUGGAGGUGCAAAGCAGCUAUCUUCUCUAUCCCCCAAUCGACGAUGGCAUCAUUCCCAUCAUACCGCCUUUUGCAUACAACACGGACCUAAAGAAGGUCAAGGUGCAGGCAGAUGAUGUGCUACUAGCAUUGAUUCGAGAGUUCGCAGGCAUCACGGGGCAGGCCAAUGGCACGCGCAAGCUUGAUGGUUUCGUACAAGAUAAGAACAGCACCGAUUUUGAAAGACCGAUUUUGGAUCGCAUCAUCAUCCUUGAUCCUCUAGGGGGUAUUCCUUCUGAGAAUAGGGCAGAUGGUGCGCAUGUCUUUGUCAACUUGGAGGCAGAAUAUCGCGAUAUCAAGAAUGAGCUACAACAACUUUCGUCGGCGGGCCCAGGAGGCGCUAGCGCGAGGAGCUCUUCAUAUGUCGGCAGCGGUAACCCGUUCUCGAGGUUUGUAGAAGAGGAGAUCGUAUCGCUGCCGGGAUCCAAACCUCAACUCGCGGAGUCUGCGCCCGCGCGCCACCUGAAGAAUCUUGAUGUAGUCCAGCGAGCUCUCAGACUGCUUCCACCAUCAUCAUCAGCGCUCAUACUUACGCCUUCUGAAGCCGGGACACGUGCAAUCCCUGAAGAUACGCGGUCGACACCAUCUAAAAACCCUCUACUCCACAAUCUGCUGACCGAUAAGCCCAUGGUCUCGUCCUCACUUCCAACAGCUCCUGCUAGCCGAUUCUUAGGUUCUGCAGCACCCAACCCUUCCACCUUCCUCAAGAAGGGCAUACCUCUCACCAUGAUACCCGAUCCGCGUAAUUCAGGACCGUGGCAGCCACCUUCAACGUCGCGUCCUAGCAUCGACCUCGCAAACGAUCCGCGGAUCAACCUCCCUAAACUUGUUCAUCUUAUUAACGACUCAUUCCGUCGGAAACUCGACCCAAACGCCUACCUCGAGCGCAUUCACGGCCGUGUCGCAGGCAUCAUAAUAGCAGGCGACUACGAAGGUGGCGCAAUAUGUACAUGGGAGAAACCCUCCAUCCUCCUCAACACCACGCCUACUGGCAUAACAACACCAGACUCGCCCUACUGGGUACCCUACCUCGAUAAAUUCGCCGUCCUCACAUCAUCGCAAGGCUCAGGCGGCGUCUCAGAUAUUGUUUGGGCCGCACUGACGCGGACCUGCUUCCCCGAGGGCGUGGUCUGGAGGAGCAGGACGAGCAAUCCGGUGAAUAAAUGGUAUCAGGAGAGAUCGAAAGGGAUGUGGAAUCUUCCUGGGGGACAGUGGACGAUGUUUUGGACUACGGAGGGUGUUACGCACGGAUGGGAUGCGCCCAUUGAGGGUUUCGAGGGAAACAAGGAGAUUUCGAGAUGGGAUGCAUAUGUGGAUGUUUGUAGUGCGAUUGAGCCGAGUUGGGCGGAUGUAAAUAAAAAGGCUCAUUAAGUCAAUUUGAACGAGAGUCGAUGAAACAUGCUUUAGCUGAGGUCUACUGUGACGCCAGCAAGUCUAAUUGAAUUUAUAAAGCGCGAAUAGUAUAUAGUAACGUCCUGUUGACAUACUCUUCUGUAUAUGGAGCAAGUACAAUUCCUCGAUCGGCAUGCCUCAGAGCUCGCGUCUCAAUAAAUGAGAAGUAUAGU